CGUUGUUGGUGCGCUGCCAGUGUCUGCGGUUCAGUUUCCGAAGUUAUCAUUCUAUUUUUUGCGCUUCUGUUUUUAUCGAAUCCAGCUUUCCCCCGUCGUGUUUUGCGCAAGUUCAGUGCCAUUGGGCUCUAGAGGGAAAAAACACAUCACUGGACUAUUUAUCCAUUUCCCCCUCUCCAAACUCAAGAAAAUCUGUGAUAUGGGUACCACUGAGGAAUAUGGAUACAUGCAGUUUGACUACUAUGAUGACAAUGACACUAUGUGCGAUUACUCGGAAUGGGAGCCCUCUUAUUCUCUCAUCCCCGUUCUCUACAUGCUCAUCUUCAUCCUGGGGCUGUCGGGCAACGGCGUGGUCAUCUUCACUGUGUGGAGGUCCAAGUCCAAGCGCCGGGCGGCUGAUGUCUACAUAGGCAACCUGGCCCUGGCUGACCUGACCUUCGUGGUCACCCUGCCCCUGUGGGCAGUCUACACAGCACUGGGAUACCACUGGCCCUUUGGUGCAGCCCUGUGCAAAAUCAGCAGCUAUGUGGUGCUGGUCAACAUGUACGCCAGCGUCUUCUGCCUCACCUGCUUGAGUUUUGACCGCUACCUGGCCAUCGUUCACUCGCUGUCCAGCAGCCGGCUGAGGUCCAGGGGCACCAUGCUGGCCUCCCUGGGUGCCAUCUGGCUGCUCUCAGGCGUGCUGGCCGUGCCCACGCUCCUCUUCCGCACCACUGUGGAUGACCUCAACAGCAACCGCACCACGUGCGCCAUGGACUUCAGCAUGGUGACGCCGAGCCAGCAGCACGAGUGGCUGUGGAUCGCCGGGCUCAGCCUCUCCUCCUCCGCCCUGGGCUUCCUGCUGCCCUUCCUGGCCAUGACCGUCUUCUACUGCUUCAUCGGCUGCACCGUCACCCGCCACUUCAACAACCUGCGCAAGGAGGACCAGAAGAAGAAGAGGCUGCUGAAGAUCAUCACCACCCUGGUGGUGGUCUUUGCCAUCUGCUGGACGCCCUUCCACGUGCUGAAGAGCAUGGAUGCCCUGUCCUACCUGGACCUGGCCCCCAACACCUGCGGCUUCCUACGCUUCCUCCUGCUGGCCCACCCCUACGCCACCUGCCUGGCCUAUGUCAACAGCUGCCUCAACCCCUUCCUCUAUGCCUUCUUCGACCUGCGCUUCCGCUCCCAGUGCCUCUGCCUGCUCAACCUGAAGAAGGCCAUGCACGGCCAGAUGAGCUCCAUGUCCUCCACCCUCAGCGCUCAGACGCAGAAGUCCGAGGUGCAGUCGCUGGCCACCAAAGUGUGAGGGAGAGGCAGCCCCUGCCUGCGAUAAACUCUCCUGGUAUAUCAAGGACUUUUCAUGACCCCCCACUUUUAAAGACAUUUUUUUGUGUUUGUUUGUGGCGAUGAGGGGGGGAAAAGGAACGCCAGAGAACUGUGGUGAAGUGAAAAGGAGAUAGAGUUGCAUUUCAGUAGAUAUGAGUGCACAUCUCCCACUAACAACGCAGCUGAUGAUACUGGAGGGGGAAAGUGGGACUGUGGGGGUGGGCGGGGAGGAGGGUACCCUGUGCCAGUAACUGUGUUUUUGUUCAGUAACUUACAGACGCUCAGUGCUCAGACACUCUGGGACAAUCCUUUUUCUCCUUAAGUUCCACAGUUGGGGUCAGCUGGCUGAACCCACCGCUGCUGGUAUCUCCAUACCUUUUUGACAGAGGUAAAGCAUAUAUAUCUUUUUUUUAAGGAAGAAAAGAUCUUUCUUUUUUCUUUGCUUUGUUCUUCAGGUGUUCUACGAGCACUGCAGGGGGGUAGGGGAGUGGAGCCCUGGUCAUGGGGGAACGGGGGGGUUUUGCAAUGUGUGAGCAUGUACCCCCCCCCCCCCCUUACAUUCUAAUUACACUGGUAAAAAAAUGUACAGUAUUUUCAUACUUUCUCUCUCAUGUUGUAUGUGUCAGGUUUGUUUUUUUAGCACUUGUAUAAAGAUUAAAAAUGUAUGGGGCAGUGGGAGGCCUGGGAACCUAUUCCUCCACUCUUGCUUGUUUGUGUUAGUCAGGGGAAGAGCUUAGGGCUGUGAUGGGGGGUCGCUGGGUGUUGAGGGCAGUGUAAGUCGAGGAAAGGUGUUGUGGCUUAAUUAAAUAGUUUAAAGAGGAGACAGGGGGCAGACAGGCAGAUGGCAGCUGACAAAUGUUUUGUUGG